GACUAGAGGGUUGUGGGUAGAGUAUUUUUGAGGAUGGCGGAAGCGCGGGUAGAAGAUGGAGCAUGUGCGGCCGAACCAAACAUUUCUGCUCAACAAACCUCCGAUCCAGGCGGUUCCACACAGACUGGGGGCACCAAACCCACCUGUAUCCUGGUGCUGGGCAUGGCAGGGUCCGGGAAGACCACGUUCGUGCAGAGACUGAACGCACACAUGCACGCACAGAAAACCCCGCCGUAUGUCAUCAACCUGGACCCUGCUGUGUAUGAGGUUCCAUAUCCAGCCAACAUUGACAUCAGAGACACAGUGAAGUAUAAGGAAGUGAUGAAGCAGUACGGCCUGGGUCCUAACGGUGGCAUCAUCACAUCUCUCAACCUGUUUGCUACACGCUUCGACCAGGUCAUGAAGUAUGUGGAGAAGAGAGCGAACGAGUUCAAACAUGUCAUCCUGGAUACCCCAGGGCAAAUUGAGGUGUUCACCUGGUCUGCGUCUGGUUCCAUCAUCACAGAGUCUCUCGCCUCUGGUUUCCCCACGGUGGUUGUGUACGUCAUGGACAUCGCUCGAAGCGUCAACCCUGUCACAUUCAUGUCUAACAUGCUGUACGCCUGCAGCAUCCUGUACAAGACCAAACUCCCUUUCAUUGUCGUCAUGAACAAGAUCGACAUUGUCAAUCACUCUUUUGCUGUCGAGUGGCUGACAGAUUUUGAGGCAUUCCAGGAUGCUCUAGCGCAGGAGGAAUCGUACGCGAGCAACCUGACGCGAUCCCUGAGCCUUGUGUUGGACGAGUUUUACGCUAAUUUGAGAACAGUGGGUGUGUCGGCGGUGACAGGUCAGGGGAUGGCAGAGUUCCUACAGGCAGUGGACAGUGCAGCUCAGGAGUAUGAGACUCAGUACAAGCCAGAGUAUGAGAGGUUAAAGAAGGAGAAGGAGUCAGCUGAGCAGCAGGAGAAGCUGAAACAGCUGGACAGACUCAAGAGGGACAUGGGAGAGGGCGAGGCUGUUCCCAUGGAAACGGCCACGCCUGUCAGACCGGAUGCUGCACCCAGCCACUCCAAGGCCCCUGAGGUCAUGCUGACAAAAGGUCCUGAUGAGGAUGAUGAGCUGGACAGUGAUGACCUGGAUGAGGAGAUGACAGAGAGGAGAGAGGAGGCAGCCUUUAAGGCAUUCCUAGAGAGUCAAAAGGCUCACCCACAGAGCAAACAGGACAAGUCAUGAACAUUAAAACUGAACAGCUGUUUAUACAUGGAUGUUCCUCGGUGUUUGUUGUCUGGGUUAGUUAAGUUCAGUUUGUUCAAAUAUUGGUUUUAAUCGGAAGUAAAACAAACUAUUUUACACUC